AUGCAGCGAGAUUGGGCGCAUUUAGACGCGAUCGCUCUCGAUUUAGUUCUUGACAAGUUGGAAGAGCGUAUAGAUCAUGUUUGGUUUGGUCUCGUGUGUAAGAAUUGGUGCUCAGUUGCAAAGCUUAACCAUCAAAGCAAGCAAUUCAGAACUAGUAGUGUUCUGCCUAUGCUAAUGAUUCGCACAAAAACAAGAAGAGGAAGAAGAAAAAUCAAGACAAGUUUGUUUAGCAUUCCAGGUAAUAGAGUUUACCCCUUCCUAUCGCCAUGGACAAUACAUACCGAAAAGAGGAUUAAAAUUUGUGGCUCUAGUCAUGGUUGGCUAGCCGUGGUGGCUAAAGCUAGCUCACUAUCAUGGUUGGCUGAACAUGCCAUAUGUCUAAUCAAUCCUCUUAAAGACGUAGAUAACAUUGCCCUGCCAAUGUUGAGGACUGGUGAUGUAAAGAGGGUUGUUUUGUCUGUUGACCCCUUAACAAACCCGAAUAACUAUGUGGUUGCUGUAACCCAUUACGGCUCUCGUAAUUGUCGUCUUGCAUUCAUAAGAGCAGGUCAAGAACUCUGGACUUAUGCAAAGAUGAAUCGUUCUUUGAUCUACAGAGAUAUUACAUUUUAUAGAGGUCUAAUAUAUGUUGUGUGUGACAAUGUCGUCAUUGUGUCCUUCAAUCUUGAUUAUUCGGAUGACCCUUAUGGAAGGGAGAAGAUUAUUCCUCAUAUCAUUUAUGAAAAUAAUGGAUUAACGGGAACUCCAAAGCGAGUAUAUGUUGUGAAAUCAUUAGAAGGAGACCUAUGGUUGGUGAGAAGAUUUUUGGAGGGUUUUGAUGUAUACAAGUUGGAACUAGAUGCACAAUAUGGGAAGGUUUUGCAAAUGUUGAAACUAGAUAAUUUGGGAGACAAUGUUUUGUUUGUAGGUGAUCAUGGCGAUUCAACUGUAGCUUCAUUUUCCUAUUUCUCUAAUUCUCUGCAAAAGGAUUCAAUCUACUACUAUGAGAAUGGUAUUGAUGAGACACCAAACAUCUACCCUCAUGGCCCAUUUGAUUUAAGGGUCUAUAAUGUAAAGGAGGGAAGAUUAAUUCAACAGUAUCCUCUCAACCCUUCCUUCAAGCGUGUGCCACCUUUGUUAUGGAUUCUACCACAAUUUCAAUGGGAUUGA